GCGGCGCCCCCUGCUGGUCGUUGGGGUUCUGGAGCUUCCGUCUCUGACGUCUGAACACAAACAGACUCUGCAGCUCAGAGACGGGACGGCAGCCAUCGCCUGCGUCGUCACGGAAACCAGCCAGGAGGAGGAGGGGGGGGGGACGGCUCCAUUCAACACAGCCUGGAUAGGUUGUCUGGUGUGUGUCCAUCAGUUCACCAUGGUAACAGAGAGGUUCAUCCAAUCAGAUUUCCCCUCCUACCAACACCUGGACCAGGAGGAGUUCAUCACACACACACACUGCAGAGUUUACCUGCAGUUCUCUCUGAACCACCUCCACAUCCUGAGUCCAUCUGUCGCCAUGGUAACACACCAGAGAGAGAGGGGGGCGGAGCCAGGCGGUGAUGAGGAGGAGGGGGGGGUCAGGCUGCGGAGGAAGAGGAGGAGAGAACCAGACCCCUCCCACUCUGUCUCACCUGUCACCGUGACGACGGGCCCUGUGGGCGGAGCCUCCCGGCCCUGCGUCUCCAUGGUGAUCAGAGUGGAGCAGAAAGAGGGCGUGGCCUGGAGGAACACAGGGGCAGAGCCUGAUAAGGGGGCGGGGCUGGCGCUGACCUUCUCCAUCAGAGCUGCUGUGAUUGGUCCAGUGGUCAGCUGGAGGCGGGACCCGAGGAACCGACCAAUGACAGAGAGAGAGAGAGAGGGAGAGAGAGAGGAGAAGGUGCUCCUGGUCUUCUCAGGUGCGUCUGCUCGGUGGUUUCCUCUGAUCCAGACUGGAUGUUUCUACAGACUCGUUGCUGCCAACACUCAGGAUCCCAGCGUUCUGAUUGGCUGUGGCGUCUCUGGGCGGAGCGGCGUGGAGCUGCACGCUGACUCCACCCUACAGGUCCGCUCUGAUUGGAGGAUCCACACUCUGACACGCCCACUGCAGCUGCUGAGGGUCAUCUGUGGACAGGCUCUCUCGCCCUCAGUCCUCUCUGUCUCUGACGUCCUGGACUCCAGUUCAGAGCUGGUGUGUUUUCAGGCUCAGGUGUCUGACAGGAUCAGUCUGAACGACAGGACGACCGAACACACACACACAGGUGUGCGUCUGACCGUGUGUGACCAAAGUGGGAGGAGUCUCCAGGUGUACCUGGACCUAAGCCACACCCCCUACCCACCUGGCCUGUUGCCAGGUAACACGGUGCUGCUGUCAGGUGUUCAGAGGAGGCGGUCCAGGUCAGGAGGAGUGUACUGCAGGUAUUUACCUGUCAGCUCUGUGACGGUCGUCAGUCUGGGAGAGAACAGCUCUGCUCGGCCUCCUCCUGCUCCCAUGAUGCACCUGGGUGUGUGGGCUCUGAGCACAGAGCACAGGUGCACUGUGAGUCAGGUCAAAGGUCACGUGGUGUGUUUUCUGUUCCUGCAGCUGCAGUGGAUCUGCUCACAGUGUGGGAGUCUGUACACACAGGUAACACAGUCCUGUUCCAGUUCUCUGUGUGGAUCCACCUCCUCGGUCUUUGAGUCCACAGCAAAACUGGUGAUCGAUGACGGGACAGGUGAGGCUCACGUCUGGUUCUCAGGUGCUCUGGUCCGUCCUCUGCUGGGAUUGGCUGACUCUCAGUGGGAGGGGCUUCAGAGGGCCGUCAGGGUCAGAGGUCACAUCAGAGUCUACCCCAGAGGCCGCAGCCUGGUGUGUGACGUGGACUCUGACGACUUCCUCCUCCUCUUCCUGUUGUGUGUGUGCAGCAGUGACGUCGUGUGUCGCUCGGUCUCUCUCACCUGCAGGAAACACACCAACCAGAGACCAGAGGAGAUGAGGAGGUUCAGCCGAGGAGACCGAGACUUCAUGACCUGGGUGACUCCUCCUCUGCAGCUCACCUGUCUGCACAUCACUGACACACCUGACAGCGUCAUGUGACCUGGACCUGGAUCAGGUGGGAGGUCACCUGCUGUGACUCCUCCCUCACAGGAAGUGGGUCAGAAGUGAAUAAAGUCACCUCCACCUGAGAGCUGAGACCAGGUGUGAACAGGUGAUGGUCAGGUGUGGGCGGAGCCUCUGUUUCAUGUUAAUGUUGAAAUGUUUAAGUUAUUAAAUCUUCAGUUUUUCCUCUAAA